AUGACAGACUCAAAGAUUGUUCUCAUCACAGGAGCCAACUCAGGCAUCGGAUAUGCCACAAGCAAGCUCAUCUCCUCACAACCAAACUACCAUGUCAUAAUGGCAUGUCGCAGCAAGGGAAAAGGGUUCAAAGCCAUGGAGGAAAUACAAGGCAGUGGAAUCAAAGGCACUCUCUCCGUCCUUCAGCUCGAUGUGACUUGUGACGAAUCUAUCGUUGCUGCCGUGGAGACAGUUCAAAAGGAAUUUGGUCGGGUCGACGUAUUUGUCUCAAAUGCUGGGAUCACAGCUUAUUCAGAGACGGGCAGCAAGAAAAUGACCACAAUAUUUGCAACGAAUGUCACUGGAGCGGUCACUUCAUCCGAAGCAUUUGUGAGCCUUUUACUCAAAUCUUCGCGUCCAUACCUUAUCCAGAUUUCCAGUGGACUCGGCUCCUUCGGACUAGCCACGGAUCCCAAGGACUCCUACUAUCAUAACCCAUCGCACGAGUAUCGAAUGAGCAAGGCUGCGCUGAAUAUGGCUACCGUCCAGCAGCACAAGCGCUUUCAUAGCCAGAAUAUUCGCGUGUAUGCUUACUGUCCCGGAUUUGUGCGAUCAAACCUCCGAGGCGAGUCUGAGCAAGCAAGAACUGGUGGUGGUUAUGCUGGUGAUCCGAUGGAUUCGGCAAGAGGAAUUCUUGAUAUCUGUGAAGGGAAAAGAGAUGUCGAUGUGGGUCGAUUCAUUCAUGCGAAUGGUAUUUAUCCGUGGUAG